ACGGGACGCAAAACGAAAGAAAAGGCCGGCAUCGACGUACGACUCGUUAGUUCGGGCUAGGAGGUGAUAUAAAGGCGAACCGGGAUCUGUCUUGGCCCGAUUUGUUGCCUAUAACACGAAAGGAUCAGUUCGAUUUAGCGAGAAGCCCGUCACUGCCGCACCACUUUUCACCAUCAUGGUGGUGUGGGCGGUGUUGAUAUUGGUAGCGGUCGCGUUGACUGAUGCAGCGGUACCAGAUCCACCAGAAAAUCCUGGUAUCACUACGAUAGGCUCCAAGAAAUUGGCGACUGCCGCCGACUGCGCCGGGGUUGUCGCCUUCUCUGCUACUCAAGGCUCGGUAAAUGAAGCUAAACUCGUUCUCUCCGAGACACUGGUGGACAAAGGAGUCGGUUACGCGGCGGAGACAGGCAUCUUCACUACGCAUUGUCCAGGCCUCUACCAAUUCAGUUUCGCCGGGUAUGGUAGCCCGGACCUACGGUUAACGUUGAAACGCAAAUUGAACAAGUCUGACAGUUGGAGACCAAUUGUCAGCGUUGGUACAGGCGGAGGAAGCAAUCUUGUCCUACUGGACGUCGAAGCUGGUGAUCAGCUGGCUGUCUUCGUUGAAUCCGGAAAGAUCACCGACGGGGCUACCUUUACGGGCCAUCGCGUUUACAAAAGAUAAGCUGAAUCGUUAAAACCUUCAUUGACAUCAGAUUGAUCAUUGUUAUUUAAAAAAAUGAAAUUAUAAAGUACAA